AUGAGUGGCGAUUGCGCAAUCUAUAGCAUCGACGAGGAGGGUUCCAGCAGCUCUGUGUUUCUGAUGACCGCGUGGAACCACAACGCUGCGAGGCCCAAGCCUCUGGGGCGACCCACCAAGAGCAACGCCUUGCUCGAGACGGUGUACUGGGACACGAUGGGGAACCCGAGUUGCACGUGCGAUCGUGGCCGUUUGAGCUUUGGCGCAGCUUGCGUUCACAAACUGGCAUUACAAGCGCUCCAGGAACGUCGGCAAUCAAGCCACCGGUCAUUUCAGAAGGGGCAACGGGUGGUGGAGGUGCCGUGCAGUAGCGUGGGGCAGAGAGUGUUCGGGGUGUACUGGAAUGCGGGUUCCACCUCGCCUAAGAGGACGAUGGUGCACUUCAGCGCGGGGGCAGAGUUCGAGUGGUACUGCGAGGGGAGGCGUGCAGGCUGCAGCAAGACGACCGAUUGCAGUCACCUUCAGGAGGUCAAACGAGCGCUGCAGAGGAGAGAGGGGUGGAGGAGACUGGAGGGCUGUCUCUUCUCAGAUUUGCAGUUGGAGCGGGCCAAAGUAUGGCUGCACCAGAAGGACGGUGAGGAAGAGCUGGAGGCCCUCACGGAUGAGGAGCGUUAUCUCCUCGGUCUUGUCGCGGGGGAGCGGCACGACGCAGUAUGCAAGGGUGUCGCCUGCUUUUGCAAGCAGCAUCUCUCGCUGUUCGGUGGGGUGGGUCUUGACAGGCAGCCCUGCGAAGGCCGGUGCUGUAGUCCUGCGAAUAGCAGCGCAACUGGGAAGCGUCCGCGAGCCGAGAUGGAGAAUGGGGCCCUGGUCACAGGGUCUGCACAACGGGGGGUGAAACGGAGGUCUAAAACCUUCUUUGCAGCUCAGGCACUGGUAGAAGCAACGUGCGAUGUGCAUGGAGAUGUGGCGGACCUUGGGGAGGGUGGGCCGUCAACAUGCUCGGCCGGGGGGCAAGGGCCACGUGUCAUCCGCAUAUGCGGCAGUUGCAUUUGCCCUUCGACGGCGUGCCUACACGUUGAACCCGCACGUGUUGCUGUUGUCAUGCCCAUGGGCGCCGAGGGCAUCCAGGUCGAGACUCCAAAGCUAGUGCGCCCUACAGACGGGUUGGCCGUUCAUGACCCCCCGGUCACUCUGCUGAAGCAGCCGGUGAGAGUGAGCCAGCUGGUGGCGCGGGAUUUUGAGGAACUGAGCAGAAUGGCGGGAUUGUGCGCUCCUUGCCCCAAAGUGCCGCCCCCCUGUGGAACGGGCUGGUUGAGCUUGAUGCAGACGUCUCACAUCUACUCGCUGGACUGGUCGCAAGAGGUGAAAGUUCGCAUCUACUGCUGCACUUGUCCGGAGAAGCACACGGUGCACUUCAACGGAGAGGCAUUGGGUUUCAUCUGCGGGCCCCACCCGGAGGUACUUCUCUGCGACGGCAUCGCCGGGCUGGCUUGUGCCGACGGCGGGCGACAAAAGGGGGGGCUCGCUGGGUCCAGCGCGGCGCAAUUGCGACCGUUUACGGCACCGAGUCAAGACGCCGAGGGGGUGAAUGUCGUGAAGCUCAUGGAGCCGGGGGUGAACUUCUGUGCUGCCGCCCUGGGUGGAGGAGGUUUAAAGCGGCGCUUGGUGCACCAACCGGAGCUGCGUGCAUUGAUCGCGCGCUUCAGCCAGCAUCAUCCUGACGACCCUGAUCUAGGAGCCAAGCUGAGCAACGUGGAGUUCGACGAAUUGCUGGCCGCACUCGACCGCGAGGACGUGCAGGUGGCCUCAGAAUUCGUGCCGAACCCCGUCGACGAAGAGGCUGACCCAGUGCUUUUCUUCGAGCGGCGGCGCCUUCUCCUUGACCAGUUUGGGCAGAUCCGUUCGAAGAACCGUGCAAUGAUGGCGCUCCUAGAGGGGAUCAAGACGGAGGCCCUGCGAGCUUCCCCUUUACGACCACCGCGAUGCCCCGCAAAAUGGGCGGAGCUACUCUACGGGUUCGGCACGCCACAGUCGGUCUCCGAUGACAGCAAUCUGAUUCAGCAUAAGCAGGCUCUGGCCGUGGCCGUCGAGUUCUGGGAGACGCGAGCAAAUGCCCUGCUCCCCGGUGUCGAGAGCUUGACAGCGCCCUCUACGGCGUUGUACCCGCUCAACGUACCUGAGACGGAGCUCUUGAACGAGCGGCUGGGCUUGAAUCCGGACGGUGAACCAUGCGGAGCCCUUCCCCUAGAGCACUCCUUCUGCAAGGAGCAGCGCGUGCUCGGUUGCUACCCUCUGCCAGGGUGGGAACAGAAGCGCCCCCUUCCCCAAUAUAAGCCCUUCGAGGACGAGCUAGGCCGCUCGAUCGAGGGCAGCGAAGAGCACCGGUGCAAGAGCGGGCUCACGGUGGGCAGGUUUGACGCGGAGGUGGCCUCCAAGGGGGGAUCGAAGUCCGCGAAGCGACUGCAAAAUCAUACCAAGGGCGGGUUCGUCUUUUGUUGCCCGCACCGUGUGAUCUACGGUUUUCACGCGAUGCUCCGUGGCGAGUCACCUCGCGAUCCGUUCACCGUGCUCUACACUCGACUGGAUCGACGGAACCUCCCCCGGUACAUGUUCUAUGACAACGCGUGCAAGCUUCAAUCGUAUUGCAUGAGGCGAGAACCGGCUUUCUUCGCCGACGUCCGGUUCCUGGUCGACAGGUUUCACUUCCAGCGCAUGGGAGCUGAGGCCCACAAGUGUGGACCCUCGUUCAACCCCGGGGGGCAAACAGAGAGCCCUGCAUGGUCGGAGCACAAGGAGAGAAGGAGCCAGGAAGUUGCAGCGGCACGUGACCAGGCUGGCUGUUCGGAUGCUCAAUCGCAGGCCAGCUUAGGGUAUGCCAAGAGAGGAGCGCAAUACCAGCAGCGCAACAGAGCAGACGAGAUGGAGAAGGGUGCAACAAGUUAUAAGCAGACGACGAUGGGGCUGCUGCCGUUUUGCGUCAAGCAACUGGUUCAACACGUCGUCGGACGUGGGGCGGACGCCAAGGAGAGGAGGCGGUGGUGUCCGGAGGGCCCUUGAAGGGGCUUCUUCUACCACCUAGGGUGCUCGGAGUCGGACAACAUCCUCAUCCCGCGGGACCUCCAGAGCGUGAUCCUGUGGCUCUUGCUGGCGCGGCGUCUCUUUGAGCCGGUGACACUCUCGGACGGGCAGUUUGCGGACCUCAGGCAGCUGUCCCCCGUGCUAUCCAAGCUGCUCGAGACUGGGGUAUCUUAUGGGCAGCCUUCGAAGGUGUAGGAGCAUGGCCCGGCCCAGCUUUAAAGGGCUAUUGAUCAUAUCAGAUCGAGUUGCUUGGCUGCUGCUGGUUGUUGAACAGUAUGCGUGUAAAGUGCAAGCUGAUCAUCAAUCUGUCGCCGCUAGACUAAUGCAUGACGUGGCUAUGGUUGGCAAGCCCUUGGGAGUGGUAUCAGAUGCGCGCUCGUCAAAUGAAGCUUUAAUUUGCGGCAAGCAAUCGACAUGACGAUUCAUUUGAAGAUCAAUG